UCCUCGUUUCACAACCUUCGUCGAGCUGCAGCAGUUAUAACCCACGGAGACGGAAGGAGGGCGCUUCCUACCACAUUAAAACACGGUUGGGAUCGGAAGGAGAUGAACACCUUUCUGUUUGGACAUACCUGAAUCUGCGGAGAUGGCGGAAUCUAAAGCUUACUGUCCACGAAAAGGCAGUAAGGACGAACCUCCAGACCUGUCAGACCUGAACCUGGAUGAUUCUGAGAAAACUGGAUCAGAAAGGACCAGUGGAAACAUCAGUGCAGCUGUGGAUCACAUGUCAGUACAACCACCACAACCACAACAACCACAACCACAACCACAACAACCGCUAUGGCCACAGCCGAGCCAUCCCAGUCCACGAAAAGGCAGUAAGGACGAACCUCCAGACCUGUCAGACCUGAACCUGGAUGAUUCUGAGAAAACUGGAUCAGAAAGGACCAGUGGAAACAUCAGUGCAGCUGUGGAUCACAUGUCAGGAACGCCAACCUCACUGCCUUCUCCCACUUUGAAGGAUCCAUGGAGGAAAAUACCCUUGGGAGACAAAGAGAAGGAUCUCCAGUAUGUGCAGGAUUAUGAGCCUGGAAACGAUGACCUCAAACAUCUCCGAAUCCUUCUGUAUGGACCAGUCGGAGCUGGAAAGUCCAGCUUCAUCAACUCUGUCAGCAGCACCCUACAAGGCAGAAUGACUAUUCCUGCUUUGACCAGUGCAACUACGUCUGACAGAAGUUUCACCACAAGAUAUGCAACUCAUAAAAUCAGAAAGGAAGGAAGAGGAAAGUCAAAGUCAUAUUAUCCUUUCGUCUUCAAUGAUGUCAUGGGUCUGGAGAAAGGGGAUGGAGUUCGUCCUGAUGACAUCAAACUGGCCCUGAAAGGACAUGUGAAGGAGGGAUACAAGUUCAACCCUGUAUCUCCACUCUCUGCUGAGGAUCCAUGGUACAACCCUUGUCCAUCUCCAGAAGACAAAGUUCAUGUUCUGGUUUGUGUGCUUUCUGCUAAUACAGCAGAAAUUACAGACUCAGUUCUGAAGAAGAUGGCAGAAGUCAGAAAGUUAGCCAGUGACCUGGGGAUUCCCCAAAUGGCAAUAGGCACCAACAUUGAUUCAGCCUGUCCUGAAACUGAAAAGGAUCUGAAGAAUGUGUACAAGAGCAAACACAUUAAGCAAAAGGUACAUGACUUCAGUGCUUCAGUGGGAAUCCCAGUGAACUGCAUCUUUCCUGUGAAGAACUACUAUGAUGAAAUCAAGAUCAAUGAUGAUGUUGACUCUCUGAUCCUGAGUGCACUGAGACAAAUGAUCGACUUUGGAGACGACUUCAUUGACAAAUGAAUUUGGCAGCACUUUACAUUACUGUUAGGUAGUGUGAUAAUAAAUAGGUAAUAUAUAUCAUGUAAUUAAAAAGUAAUAACUGGGUAAUAAUAACAAUGAUAAGAGGUAUUACUGGGGUAAUAAGGUGAUAAGAAGUUAACAUAUGUAAUCACAUGCAAUUACUAAUGUAAUAACUACGAAAGGGUUCAAUGAUAACCCUAUCUAUAUCUGGUUAAUGGUAAUACAGUUAUAUUAAUAUUUUAAUAACAUGAUAAUGAUGGGAUAAUAUUUGUUGAUGUUUAAACUGUAUUAUAGGCUAUUAUCAGCAUAAUACCUUCCAAAUUAGAUGGUUACAAACGAUAUGUUUAAUCUUGUGACUUCUUACCUUGAAACACGUCUGGUAGUUUCUGUGUAAUAACCAUGAGUCAGUGCUGCAAAAUGCAAAACUACCUGUUUCUAUUUUAUUACAUGGUAAUAUUUGAUACAUACACAUUUUAUA